UCGCUCUCAGUUGAACUUGUCUCCGCUCGGAGCCAUGAGGCGGAAGGAGAAGCGGCUGCUGCAGCUGGCCGGGCUGCUCAUCGCGGCUCUGCUCUUCCUGCCCAACGUGGGUCUGUGGUCCCUGUACCGGGACCGGGUCUUAGACAACUCACCGGACCCCGUGGAAGGACUCCCUCCGGUCCAGGGAUUAAACCAGAUGCGUAAAGUCGCCCAGGUGGGACUGGACGGCGUCCGGCGGACUGACUGGCACGACUACGAGGCGAUCCGGAGGGACGCCGCUCGCAUCGGUAACGGUGAACAGGGCAAGCCUUUCCCUCUGACAGAAAUCGACCGGGUGGACCAGGCCUACCGGGAAAACGGAUUCAACAUUUACAUCAGCGACCGGAUCUCUCUGAACCGAUCGCUGCCCGACAUCCGCCACGAAAACUGUAAACACAAGCUGUACACGGAGAAGCUUCCCAACACCAGCGUCAUCAUCCCGUUUCACAAUGAAGGCUGGUCGUCACUGCUCCGGACGGUCCACAGCGUCCUGAACCGAUCACCGCCUCAGCUCAUCGCCGAGGUCAUCCUGGUGGACGACUUCAGCGACAAAGAACACCUGAAGGUGGCGCUGGAGGAAUACAUGAUGCGGAUGCCAAAGGUUCGCAUCCUGAGGACCAAGAAGAGGGAAGGUCUGAUCAGGACUCGCCUGCUGGGAGCUGCUGCUGCUAAAGGAGAAGUCAUCACCUUCCUGGACUCCCACUGUGAAGCUAACGUCAACUGGCUGCCUCCACUGCUGGACCGAAUCGCCCAGAACAGGAAGACCAUCGUGUGUCCGAUGAUCGACGUCAUCGACCACGAUAACUUCGGCUACGACACCCAGGCGGGCGACGCCAUGCGAGGGGCGUUUGACUGGGAGAUGUACUACAAACGGAUCCCCAUCCCCACCGAGAUGCAGCGAGACGACCCCAGCGAGCCCUUCGAGUCUCCAGUGAUGGCCGGUGGACUGUUCGCUGUGGACAGGAAGUGGUUCUGGGAGCUGGGAGGAUACGACACCGGCUUGGAGAUCUGGGGAGGAGAGCAGUACGAGAUCUCCUUCAAGGUGUGGAUGUGCGGCGGCCGGAUGGAGGACAUUCCUUGCUCCAGGGUCGGACACAUCUACAGGAAGUACGUCCCCUACAAGGUCCCCGGAGGGAUCAGCCUGGCAAAGAACCUGAAGCGCGUUGCAGAGGUUUGGAUGGACGAAUACGCCGAGUACGUCUACCAGCGUCGACCCGAGUACCGCCACCUGUCGGCCGGAGACAUGACGGUCCAGAAGGAACUGAGGAACCGACUCAACUGCAAGAGCUUCAAGUGGUUCAUGAGCGAGGUGGCCUGGGAUCUGCCCAAACACUACCCACCGGUGGAACCUCCGGCUGCUGCCUGGGGAGAGAUCCGGAACGUGGGAAGCGGCAUGUGCAUGGAGAUCAAACACUUUGUGUCCGGAAGUCCGAUCCGUCUGGAGAGCUGUGUGAAGGGAAGAGGAGAGGUGGGCUGGAGCCACGGACAGGUGUUGACGUUGGGCUGGAGAGAAGACAUCCGGGUGGGCGACCCCAUGCACACCAGGAAGGUUUGCUUCGACGCUGUUUCCCACAGCAGCCCGGUGACGCUGUACGACUGCCACGGCAUGAAGGGGAACCAGCUGUGGCGCUACAGGAAGGAUAAGAGCUUGUACCACCCGGUCAGUAACAGCUGCAUCGACAGCAGCCCCAGCGAGCGGCGGGUCUUCAUGAACGCCUGCGACGCUGCAGCUCUCAGCCAGCAGUGGCUCUUUGAAAGAACCAACGCCACCGUCCUGGAGCGCUUCAACCGAGGAGCCAACUGAAGCCGCUGGACUCUGGCAGGAGGCGACUUCCAAACGAGAAGAUCACGCAGCAGUGAUCAGCUUUGUUCAUAUAGGAAUGGAGGCCACCAGUGGACGGCUUCACGUUUAUCUUCCCUGUGACGCCUGAGAGCUGAAAAACCGGUCGGACCGAACACAGAAACAACCAGAAUCCAAUCAUACGGCACAAGCUCGAGACGGGGAAGGAGGUCGGCUGAACCGGGGUGGAGAUGAGCGCUCGGUGCAACAACCAGGAAGCACGGAGCUUUUAAAGGCUGAAUUCUGGACUUUAAGAUGCACAAAUCUGCAGCUUCAUGUCAGUAAACGUGUCGGACAGAGACUCUGCUGGAUUUAAGGACAAACUAUUCUUUGGCCUCUUUCAAUCUUUUCUCAAGUUUUUGCUUCGUGGUGCCAAAAGCUUAGAAAUAUGAGGACAAUAAGAGAUGAUGGAGUGAUAUUAAUCAUCCCUGCAGAGAAUGGUGUACAGACUUAAACUGAAUGGAAAUAUUUUUUCUACAACACAAUAAAGCAACAAAAUGAAA